UGUGGUAUCGUCCACUCCCCGGAAACUGUAGCGACAGCCAAACUCCCGGUGUGAGAGCAGCGAGUGGGACUGAUUCAUCAGGCGGAGAGUAGCUUACUACAAAAAACAAGUUGCAAAGACAUCUUCACAACAACCGAAACACUGGACAAGUUUAAUCGGAAUGGACAAGGCAGCCAGAGGUACACAGCCCAGCUAGUGAAACCAAUCAAAGGCUCAGUGAUGCCUGUGAAAAAGAAACGGAAGUUCCCUGAUGCAGAUGACAAUGAGCCUAAAUGUAAAAUUACCAGUUUCACUCGACCUCAAAUCCGUGGUGCCAGGCCGAUAGCUGACAAGCUGUUCUCGGGUAAGAAGUGUCUGACCUGGUUCCACAAGUACGCUGGCGCUGACAAGGAGGUCGGCCCAGAGGCCAUGGAGAAGUUCUGUGAAGACAUUGGUGUGGAACCAGAGAAUAUUAUCAUGUUAGUUUUAGCCUGGCAUCUAGAAGCAGCAAGUAUGGGGUUCUUCACAAAAGACGAGUGGCUCAGGGGAAUGACGAUAUUACAGUGUGACUGCACAGAGAGGUUACAGAGCAAAUUGGAUUACUUGCGCAAUGAACUCAAUGACUCUGUUAGCUUCAAAAACAUUUAUAGAUAUGCCUUUGAUUUUGCCAGGGAUAAGGACCAAAGGAGUUUGGACAUGGACACAGCUAAAGCAAUGCUGGCCUUGCUGCUAGGUAGAACCUGGCCUCUCUUUCCAGUCUUCCAUCAGUUCCUUGAGCAAUCCAAGUACAAGGGCAUGAACAAGGACCAGUGGUAUAAUGUUCUGGAGUUCAGCAGAACCAUCAACACAGACCUCAGUAACUACGAUGAAGAUGGAGCUUGGCCCGUGCUGCUAGAUGAGUUUGUGGAAUGGCAGAAAGCUUGGCCCACAUCGUAGCGGAGGACAUCACCAAAAAGGAGAAAACGGGAGAGAGAAUGAAUGCCCACUCAUGGGAGGAAGCUUGUAAUCCUUUCAGAAAGCAAAAACUGCUGUUUCAAAUACCGACAGACUUAAACAAUUCACACGCACAAAUAUGGACUACAGAAUCAUCCCUGUAGACUCUGAGUAAAACUUCAACCAAGCAGAGAUUGUCUCUGUGCAUCAUCAUCCAACUGUGGCCAAAAGGCCCUCCUCUAACUGAGUAGACUUUUCAUAGAGUCCAUGUGGAGACGAGAAGAUGUGGGGGAAAGAUCUCCAAAUAAGGAUACAAAGAAAUUAGCUCUUGAAUUUGUGUUUUCUUGAUAAUUAUUUUUUUUCCCAUUUUGUGACUUAUUUGUAGAUGUUUUCACAGAAAUAAAAAGGAUAUUGAAAAUAUGAA